AUGGAACAAAGAGCGAGGAAGCAGAGGAUCAUGGAUGUGUGCUCAGAAAUGAGCUCCUCCAAGGAAUUUCCCAAACUGACACGCCCAUUUGAUCAGAUCCCAAACGAUGAGCUGUCAGACUUCAUAGUAGAUGACGUACACCGAAUUAUCUACUGCCACAUUCCCAAGGUGGCAGGCACCCGCUGGAUGAGUGUCAUGCUGAUCCUCACUGGGUUGUUAAAGUCCAGCGGAAAACCUUAUACUGAUCCCCGACAUAUAUCUUCACCCAUUGCUCACAACCCCUCUAACCACCUCACUUUUGAUAAGUUUCCCCAACUUUAUGGUUCUCACGCCCGCCAAAUGAUGAAAGACAAGCUGAAGAAUUACACUACAUUUAUGUUUGUACGAGACCCCUUUGUGAGACUCAUCUCUGCCUUCAGGAGCAAGUUUAUCAGGCCUGUUGAAUUGUUCUACCAGAACUAUGGUAAGAUGCUCAUGCGUACUUACGGCAAUGUGUCUGAUUUACCAGACACAGUUGAGGAGGCUCAUGCUGCAGGGCUCAAGCCCACGUUUCAGCAGUUCAUUGCCUACGUGCUGGAUCCCAAGACCAGGAGAAAUAUUUUCGACAAACACUGCCGGCAGAUGUACCGGCUGUGCCAUCCCUGUCAGGUGAAGUACGACUUCAUUGGGCAACUGGAGACCAUCGGCACAGACGCAGAGCAAGUUCUGAAACUUAUGAAAGUGGACCAUCUGGUCCAAUUGCCUAGAGCGUACACAAACUUCACUGAAGCCAGCUGGGUAAGAGACUGGUACGAACCGAUUCCCACUGAGAGACGGAGGGAACUGUACAAACUGUAUGAACUGGACUUCAAGCUGUUCGGCUACCCCAAACCCGACAUCGUGGGAGAUGAGGAGACGACUCCGUGA